AUGUCUGUAUAUGUGAAAUGCGGUGAAAAACACAGAACAGAAGACUGUCAAAAGCCUAAAAAUUCAAAAGCCAAAUGUGCGAAUUGUGAUGAAUCGCAUACUACAAACUGGAAGGGUUGUUCUGCCUACCAAAAGGCAGAAGAAAGACCACAUCCUAAAAAGGUAUUUGCAGUACAGUGUAUUCAACAGAAACCAGCAAAAACUGUUACUGCAUCUACCUCAUAUGCACAGAUGACUGGUUUUGCCUUAAAUAACGCAACACCCAAAACGUCGAAGUAG